CAACGAUAAAGAAGAUAUCGAACCAACAGACAAAUUAAUCAUGAACCGGAUUCGGUUUGGUUGGUGUGGAGUUUCUUUCUGGGUUAGCUAAUUACACCCUCCAAAUCUUUUCUUCUUCUUCUCCGAUGGGAUGUGACUAAUUCAGGAUCACUUUGGGUGACUAAGCAUUUGCUCUUUAAAAUCUCAAUUUUUAAAAGGACAGUGAAGAAAAAUGGCGAAUUGGAUCUCGUCGAAGCUCAAAGCCGCCGAAACCAUUCUUCAACAGAUCGAUCAGCAGGCAGCAGAGUCUCUUCGAAAAGAUGAGAAGUCUGAGACACAUGAAGAGGUGUUUGAGACCUCUUCGAAAUCUUCAAGUCCAGUUUCUUUGAAAGAUCAGUUGAGGAAGAAAACAUAUGAUGGUAGUGACUCUGGUGGUGGUGGAUCUCAGAGAAACUCAACUGAGCAAAAGCCUAGCUACUUAAGUAGUAGUAAAAAUCUACGCAAACCAGAUCAAUCUCGAGAAAGAACAACAACAAGUUCACCGUCACAAAGUUUGACAAAAGAGAAACCUACACUCACUGACGCUGACUGGACAGAGCUGCUGAGUGCUCCUCCGAAUCAGGGGACCAGCACUCCUAAGCCUCGUACUCCCCGUGGAGCAGCUGUGAUUCGGGGAUUGAAGAAGGAUGUAAAAAGGCAAGGGAAUGGUGGGAAAAGUCCCUCGGUGUCUGAUGCAAAGAGGAGUGAGAAGACUAGUGGUAAUGUGGUUGAUUCAAGAGGGAAGUCACCAAAACAGAUGAAUAAGGAACCAAGCGACAAGGAAGUGUCUAGCCCUUCUAAGGAUAUAUUUGUGAAGUCAACUCACAAGGAGAGUGAGAAGGGUGUCAGUGCUGAGCCACCUUCGCUGGAUGGCUCCACAAAAUCUGCCAAGGAGACUCUCCCUAGGGAGCCAUUACCGAGUGCAGGGAAACAAGUGAGGGGAGAAAUUUUGCGGAGAAAUGUUUCUGAUGGUUUAAAGAGGAAGGAUUCUUCCUUGUCCAGCGAUGAAUCUGAAUCGGAUUAUGAGUCUGAUUCAAGCACGGACUCUGAGAGGGAGCGUCUGAGGGAGGAGCGGAGGAGGAGAAGAGAGAAAGUUUUCGCUGAAAAAAUUGCAGCAAAAGCUGUGGCGGUUAUCAAAGAGCGAGAGAAUAUGGUAGCGAGACUUGAGGGUGAAAAACAGAGUUUGGAGAAAAUAGUUGAGGAACGAGCUAAACAACAGGCACAAGAGGCUGCGGAAUUGCAAACAAACAUGAUGGAAACACUGGAAGCUGCCGACCUUGAAAAGCAGAAGCAUAACAACACUAGGAUGGAAGUUUUCUCACGCUUAGCAGGAUUAGAGGCGGCAAACGCUGAACUUACAAGAUCGCUUGCUGCUGGGCAGAAGAAGCUUGAAGCUCAGAUAGAUCAGGUAGCAGUACUCCGAGAACAAGUUGAGCUUAAAGAGUCUGCCCUUGAAGGACUGAAGCGAAAAACUUCUAAUAUCCAAGGAGGAAAUCUCGUAAACAAGUUGGAUGCAUCUAGAGGAGAUAUGUUCGAACACCAAAUGCUUGAAGCAGAGAUUUCGUUGCUCACUGAUAAAAUCGGGUGGUUACAAGAUAAGGCAAAUAAACUGGAAGCAGACAUCAAUACAAUGAGGAAAGAACUCGAAGAACCAACUGAAGUGGAAAUUGAACUGAAAAGAAGGCUUGAUCAGCUAACAGACCAUCUUAUUCAAAAACAAUCCCAGGUCGAAGCGCUAUCCUCGGAGAAAGCAACUAUAUCAUUUAGAAUCGAGGCUGUAUCAAGGCUUAUAGAAGAAAACAAAGGUAUGUCUGCAACCGAAGCUUCCUCCCAAGAUCUUGAAGCAGGAGAAUGGAAACUGUCAGGAUCAAAGUUCAAACCAGCUUUCCAAGAUAAAAUCAGGUCAGGCAAGAGACAUUUGGGAUGGUUAGUGAUGCAACUAAACGCUAUAUUCGUCUCUGGAACUGUCUUCUUGCGUAGAAACCCCACUGCAAAAAUCUGGGCUUUGGUCUAUCUGGUUUGCCUUCAUCUCUGGGUACUAUACAUUUUAUUAUCUCAUUCCAGUGAUUCUUCCUCGAGUGAACUCAGAUCAGGUGCAGUUAUUUCCUUAGAGAAUUUCAAUAAUAGUUCCCUUCAUUAGCUUUUUUCCUUUAGAAACUAUCAAAGAAAAUUACUUUUUAAAUCAUAUGUAAUUUUUCUCUUUUCAACAGUUUAUAAGGUUGAUUUGAAUCUUAAUUGUAUUCUCAAUCAAUGUAUCAAUCACGUUUCACGAAUAUUUUAAGACGGAAUGAGAAUCUAUACAAAAAGAGAGUUUGAUCA